AUGGCGAGGUGCGACUUGCCCGGCAACCGGCUGCUCUACGGGCUGACCCUGGCCUCGGGGAUCCUGGAGUGUCUGUGCUUCUCCGGCGUGGUGUUCGGUUAUGCCUCUCUGGUGUUCGUGCUGAAGGAGGACGGCUACUUCGGUCACCUGUGCGUCAGCGUCCCGGUCACCGGCGACAACCUGACCGCCGCAGACUGCAGUAGACAGGACGAGCAGUUCUCUCUGGUCUUCACCAUCGCCUCGUUCCUCAACAAUUUCGUGAACCUGUUCAAUGGCUACAUGUUUGAUCGAUUUGGCACCAUGGUGACCAGGCUGCUGGCAAUAUCUGUGUACACCACUGGAACUCUCCUGCUGGCCUUCUCCAGUGCAGCAUUUUCAGAGCUGCUUUUCCCCGCAUUGUCCUGCAUCGCCGUGGGAGGAAUUGUGCUCCUUUUGACCAACAUGCAGAUGGGAAACCUGUUCGCCGCUCACCGCUCCACCAUCAUCACCCUCUGCACCGGCGCCUAUGAUUCCUCUGCUAGUGUGUUUCUCAUCAUCAAGGUUCUGCACCAACAGGGAAUCUCUCUCCGCUCCUGCGUCCUGGUGUUGUCGUCCUGCAGCGUCUUUCUUCUGGUGAGGACCUUCCUGCUGAUGCCCAGGACCCUGAUCCCCUACCCGCUGCCCCCGCACUACACCUACGGAUUGAGUUGCGGAGAAGCCAACGCGUACCAUGUAGAGAAGUUUGAGGGGCCGAGGGAACGAGCCGCGGUCGUUUCACACGAGUCCGGCGAGAAGGACGACGUGCCGCCGGCAGCUGAGGGCGAGACGGAGGCUCAAGGGCCGGGGAAAGCGGCGAGUUUCCGCAGCUGCCUGCUGUCGUGGUUCUUCCUGUGGCACCUGGUGUGGCUGUCCAUCAUGCAGCUGAGGCACUACCUCUUCAUCGGCACGCUCAACCCCAUGCUCAACCGGCUGGCCCACGACGACCCCGGCCUGGUGAGUCAGUACACUAAUGCCUUCGCCCUGACGCAGCUGUUUGGAGUGCUGUGCGGUCCCCUGAACGGACUCAUCAUGGACCGACACAAGGGAAGGCCUCUCGCGCCCGGAGAAACCGCGCAGGAGGCCGACCUGCACUCCUCCUCGCUGUCCCUGCUCCUCACCUCCCUGCAGUGCCUCCUGUUCUCGGUGUGCGCCUCCAUCCCUCUCCUCCCUCUGCAGUACUUGACCUUCGCUCUGCAGGUCCUCAACCGCUCCUUCAUCUACGGGGGCAACGCGGCGUUCAUCAACAUCGCCUUCCCAGCCUGUCACUUUGGGAAGCUGUACGGUGCGGCGAUGUCCAUGUCGGCCGUGUUCUCCCUGCUUCAGUACCCGUGCUUCACGCUCGUCAGAGGACCUCUGGGCGGAGACCCCUUCUUUGUGGACAUUGCUCUGAUCGGCGUCAGCCUGCUGGGGUUCAUCCAUCCCGUCUACGUCUUCCUGCACUGCAGGGCGGCAGCUCGCCGCCGGGAGAACGACGACGUCACCGACGGCUCCAAGACGGACGGAACCAAGUUAUAG